CCGAGCCGGAGCCGGGAGCCGGGAGCUGGGAGCCGAGCGUGGACGCGACAGGCGCCCCCGGCCCGCGCCGCCGCCGCGAUGUGCGACUGCUUCCACCUGGUGCUGCCCGCCUGGCCCGGAGCCCCCGGCAGCGUAUCUGGACGGCAGCUGCAGCCCGAGGAGCCAGAUGCAGAGACCGAAGAGGACCCUUCUGUGACUGAAGGGCCUGCAGGCGAGAACAUUCGGCCACGACCACAGGGAUCGUCUCCUGUCUAUGAAUGUGCAGCUGAGGGCGCUGGCUUUGGGCUUCGGGAGGACACCCCGGGCAGGCGGAGAUCCUGGUGGAAGCGGGAUUCAGGGGGCUCCCGGACAUUUUCCAGGAUGAGUCACACAGAGGAGGCCACAGAGGGGACGCUGAAGACGGAGGUGGAGGCAGGGGCCAGCGGCUACAGCGUGACCGGCGGCGGGGACCAGGGCAUCUUCGUCAAGCAAGUGCUGAAGGACUCUUCGGCCGCCAAGCUCUUCAGUUUGAGAGAAGGAGAUCAGCUGCUCAGCACAACCAUAUUCUUUGACAACAUUAAAUAUGAAGAUGCUCUCAAAAUCCUUCAGUACUCAGAGCCCUACAAGGUUCAGUUCACAAUCAGACGGAGACUCCCUGCCGGAGAGGACCAGCAGGCGGCUCGGCGGGGCCCAGAGGCAGGGACGAAGGACCAGGACAUCACCGACUGGGGCACAGAGACCCCCACGAAGACCCUGGAAGGAGAUGGGGACCGCGAGAGGCUCAUCACCAAACCCAGGGACGGGAGAGGCCGGCGGCCCCAGAAGGAGAGGCUCUCCUGGCCCAAAUUCCAGUCCAUGAGAACCAAAGGGGGGCCCGGGCCCCGGCGGUCGCACAGCUCCUCGGAGGCCAGCGAGCGGCUCGCCCGGGGCGUGUCCCCCAGCAGCACAGACAAGGAGGCCCAGCGCCCAUGGGAGGAGCCGGAGGGCAGCCCAGGCGGCCGGCGGAGCGCCGGGUUCCUGAACCUGCAGUUCCGGACGGGCUCUGGGCUGGGCCAGGCACAGGCAGGACGUCCCGGCUCAGGGACCCAGGGAGGGCGGAUCCGCGCUGGGGUCCCAGAGGAGGCAGCCCCGGAGGCACCAGAGGCACAGACUGCAGCGGAGGCCGGCAGCCCCCGGCAGGCGGCCAGAGACGGGAAGACCAAGGCGGACGGGGCCCAGGCCGAGACCCCCAGCCAGAAGGUGCUGCAGGCGAGCUCUGCCACAGGGCUCACGGCGGAGGGCAGCUCUGGGGAGAUAGAGGGGCUGGAAAUCGGGAUUGCCAGAUUAUCUCUGCAGGACACCACCGACACUGCGGUCACACAGAGGGGCAAACACGAAAUCCGGGUCCGGAUACCCAAUUUACAAACACCCAAAUUUGGAUUUUCUAAAGAAAAAGUAAAGAAGGAUGAAAGAGGCCUCACGGUUCCCCAGAGGGGAGGGAGGCAGGGCAUGGCCUCUGGAGAAGGAGGACACCCCCAGAAAGAUGAGGCUGGGCAAGAUGAAAAGGACAUGGAGGAGACUGAGGGAAAACUGAAAAUGCCCAAGUUCAAAAUGCCCUCCUUCAAGAUGCCUUCAUUUGGCAUCUCGGCACCGAGCAAGUCCAUCGAGGCAUCUGCCGAUGUCUCUGUGCCAAAGGUGAAGGGGGAUGUGUCCCUCCCGUCUAUUGAGGGGGAAAUCAAGAGCCCUGAGCUCCACGUUGAAGUCCCAUCUGUCGACGUCCAAGUGAAGCCUGGAGAGCUGGACGUGAAGCUGCCGGAGGCGCCGAUGGCCGAGAUCGAGAUCACGGGGCAGGCCGAGGGAGCCGGACUCAAAGGACACCUGCCCAAGUUCCAUAUGCCCAGCAUCAAGAAGCCCACAGUGGAAUUCAAAGGCCCCGAUGUGGACAUCAAAAUCCCCAAGGUGGACAUCAAGGGUCCAAAGAAGCAUCUUAAGGGCCCCGAGAUAGACAUGCAGGCGACACCAGUGGACAUCAAGGGGCCCAUGGUGGACGUCACCCUUCCCGAUGUGGACGUGGCCAUGCCGAAGGUGUCAGUGGAUGCCCAGGCCCCUGAUCUCUCCGUGGAGCCUGGGAAAGUGGGUGCAGAAGUCAAGCUGGGAGACAAGGAAGUCAAGGCCAAGGACAGCAAGUUCAAAAUGCCCUCCUUCAAGAUGCCUUCAUUUGGCAUCUCGGCACCGAGCAAGUCCAUCGAGGCAUCGGCCGAUGUCUCUGUGCCAAAGGUGAAGGGUGAUAUGUCCCUCCCGUCUAUUGAGGGGGAAAUCAAGAGCCCUGAGCUCCACGUUGAAGUCCCAUCUGUCGACGUCCAAGUGAAGCCUGGAGAGCUGGACGUGAAGCAGCCGGAGGCGCCGAUGGCCGAGAUCGAGAUCACGGGGCAGGCCGAGGGAGCCGAACUCAAAGCACACCUGCCCAAGUUCCAUAUGCCCAGCAUCAAGAAGCCCAUGGUGGAAUUCAAAGGCCCCGAUGUGGACGUCAAGGGCCCCAAGUUGGGCUUCAAGGGUCCAAAGGUGGAGGUGAAGGGGCCCAAGGUGGACUUGCAGACCACCGAAGGGGAUGUCAAGGGGUCCCCGGUGGACAUCACCCUCCCUGAUGUGGACGUGACCAUGCCGAAGGUGGCAGUGGAUGCCCAGGCCCCAGAUCUCUCCUUGGAGGGUGCAAAAGUGGGUGCAGACAUCAAGCUGGGAGACAAGGAUGUCAAAGCCAAGGACGGCAAGUUCAAAAUGCCCUCCUUCAAGAUGCCUUCAUUUGGCAUCUCGGCACCGAGCAAGUCCAUUGAGGCAUCUGCCGAUGUCUCUGUGUCAAAGGUGAAGGGGGAUGUGUCCCUCCCGUCUAUUGAGGGGGAAAUCAAGAGCCCUGAGCUCCACGUUGAAGUCCCAUCUGUCGACGUCCAAGUGAAGCCUGGAGAGCUGGACAUGAAGCUGCCGGAGGUGCCGAUGGCCGAGAUCGAGAUCACGGGGCAGGCCGAGGGAGCCGGACUCAAAGGACACCUGCCCAAGUUCCAUAUGCCCAGCAUGAAGAUGCCAAAGGUGGAUCUCAAAGGCCCUGAUGUGGACCUCAAGAUCCCCAAGGUAGACAUCAAGGGUCCAAAGAAGGAUCUUAAGGGCCCCGAGAUAGACAUGCAGGCGACAGAAGUGGACAUCAAGGGGCCCAUGGUGGACGUCACCCUCCCUGAUGUGGACGUGACCAUGCCGAAGGUGGCAGUGGAUGCCCAGGCCCCAGAUCUCUCCAUGGAGGGUGCAAAAGUGGGUGCAGAGGUCAAGCUGGGAGACAAGGACGUCAAAGCCAAGGACGGCAAGUUCAAAAUGCCCUCCUUCAAGAUGCCUUCAUUUGGCAUCUCGGCACCGAGCAAGUCCAUCGAGGCAUCUGCCGAUGUCUCUGUGCCAAAGGUGAAGGGUGAUGUGUCCCUCCCGUCUAUUGAGGGGGAAAUCAAGAGCCCUGAGCUCCACGUUGAAGUCCCAUCUGUCGACGUCCAAGUGAAGCCUGGAGAGCUGGACGUGAAGCUGCCAGAGGCGCCGAUGGCCGAGAUCGAGAUCACGGGGCAGGCCGAGGGAGCCGGACUCAAAGGACACCUGCCCAAGUUCCAUAUGCCCAGCAUCAAGAAGCCCACAGUGGAAUUCAAAGGCCCCGAUGUGGACAUCAAAAUCCCCAAGGUGGACAUCAAGGGUCCAAAGAAGCAUCUUAAGGGCCCCGAGAUAGACAUGCAGGCGACACCAGUGGACAUCAAGGGGCCCAUGGUGGACGUCACCCUUCCCGAUGUGGACGUGGCCAUGCCGAAGGUGUCAGUGGAUGCCCAGGCCCCCGAUCUCUCCAUGGAGCCUAGGAAAGUGGGUGCAGAAGUCAAGCUGGGAGACAAGGAAGUCAAGGCCAAGGACAGCAAGUUCAAAAUGCCCUCCUUCAAGAUGCCUUCAUUUGGCAUCUCGGCACCGAGCAAGUCCAUCGAGGCAUCGGCCGAUGUCUCUGUGCCAAAGGCGAAGGGUGAUGUGUCCCUCCCGUCUAUUGAGGGGGAAAUCAAGAGCCCUGAGCUCCACAUUGAAGUCCCAUCUGUCGACGUCCAAGUGAAGCCUGGAGAGCUGGACGCGAAGCUGCCGGAGGCACCCAUGGCCGAGAUCGAGAUCACGGGGCAGGCCGAGGGAGCCGGACUCAAAGGACAGCUGCCCAAGUUCCAUAUGCCCAGCAUCAAGAAGCCCACGGUGGAAUUCAGAGGCCCUGAUGUGGACGUCAAGGGCCCCAAGUUGGGCUUCAAGGGUCCAAAGGUGGAGGUGAAGGGGCCCAAGGUGGACUUGCAGACCACCGAAGGGGAUGUCAAGGAGUCCCCAGUGGACAUCACCCUCCUUGAUGUGGACGUGACCAUGCCGAAGGUGGCAGUGGAUGCCCAGGCCCCAGAUCUCUCCUUGGAGGGUGCAAAAGUGGGUGCAGACAUCAAGCUGGGAGACAAGGACGUCAAAGCCAAGGACGGCAAGUUCAAAAUGCCCUCCUUCAAGAUGCCUUCAUUUGGCAUCUCGGCACCGAGCAAGUCCAUCGAGGCAUCUGCCGAUGUCUCUGUGUCAAAGGUGAAGGGGGAUGUGUCCCUCCCGUCUAUUGAGGGGGAAAUCAAGAGCCCUGAGCUCCACGUUGAAGUCCCAUCUGUCGACGUCCUAGUGAAGCGUGGAGAGCUGGACGUGAAGCUGCCGGAGGCGCCGAUGGCCGAGAUCGAGAUCACGGGGCAGGCCGAGGGAGCCGGACUCAAAGGACACCUGCCCAAGUUCCAUAUGCCCAGCAUCAAGAAGCCCACAGUGGAAUUCAAAGGCCCCGAUGUGGACAUCAAAAUCCCCAAGGUGGACAUCAAGGGUCCAAAGAAGCAUCUUAAGGGCCCCGAGAUAGACAUGCAGGCGACACCAGUGGACAUCAAGGGGCCCAUGGUGGACGUCACCCUUCCUGAUGUGGACGUGGCCAUGCCGAAGGUGUCAGUGGAUGCCCAGGCCCCUGAUCUCUCCGUGGAGCCUGGGAAAGUGGGUGCAGAAGUCAAGCUGGGAGACAAGGAAGUCAAGGCCAAGGACAGCAAGUUCAAAAUGCCCUCCUUCAAGAUGCCUUCAUUUGGCAUCUCGGCACCGAGCAAGUCCAUCGAGGCAUCGGCCGAUGUCUCUGUGCCAAAGGUGAAGGGUGAUAUGUCCCUCCCGUCUAUUGAGGGGGAAAUCAAGAGCCCUGAGCUCCACGUUGAAGUCCCAUCUGUCGACGUCCAAGUGAAGCCUGGAGAGCUGGACGUGAAGCAGCCGGAGGCGCCGAUGGCCGAGAUCGAGAUCACGGGGCAGGCCGAGGGAGCCGAACUCAAAGCACACCUGCCCAAGUUCCAUAUGCCCAGCAUCAAGAAGCCCAUGGUGGAAUUCAAAGGCCCCGAUGUGGACGUCAAGGGCCCCAAGUUGGGCUUCAAGGGUCCAAAGGUGGAGGUGAAGGGGCCCAAGGUGGACUUGCAGACCACCGAAGGGGAUGUCAAGGGGUCCCCGGUGGACAUCACCCUCCCUGAUGUGGACGUGACCAUGCCGAAGGUGGCAGUGGAUGCCCAGGCCCCAGAUCUCUCCUUGGAGGGUGCAAAAGUGGGUGCAGACAUCAAGCUGGGAGACAAGGAUGUCAAAGCCAAGGACGGCAAGUUCAAAAUGCCCUCCUUCAAGAUGCCUUCAUUUGGCAUCUCGGCACCGAGCAAGUCCAUUGAGGCAUCUGCCGAUGUCUCUGUGUCAAAGGUGAAGGGGGAUGUGUCCCUCCCGUCUAUUGAGGGGGAAAUCAAGAGCCCUGAGCUCCACGUUGAAGUCCCAUCUGUCGACGUCCAAGUGAAGCCUGGAGAGCUGGACGUGAAGCUGCCUGAGGUGCCGAUGGCCGAGAUCGAGAUCACGGGGCAGGCCGAGGGAGCCGGACUCAAAGGACACCUGCCCAAGUUCCAUAUGCCCAGCAUGAAGAUGCCAAAGGUGGAUCUCAAAGGCCCUGAUGUGGACCUCAAGAUCCCCAAGGUAGACAUCAAGGGUCCAAAGAAGGAUCUUAAGGGCCCCGAGAUAGACAUGCAGGCGACAGAAGUGGACAUCAAGGGGCCCAUGGUGGACGUCACCCUCCCUGAUGUGGACGUGACCAUGCCGAAGGUGGCAGUGGAUGCCCAGGCCCCAGAUCUCUCCAUGGAGGGUGCAAAAGUGGGUGCAGAGGUCAAGCUGGGAGACAAGGACGUCAAAGCCAAGGACGGCAAGUUCAAAAUGCCCUCCUUCAAGAUGCCUUCAUUUGGCAUCUCGGCACCGAGCAAGUCCAUCGAGGCAUCUGCCGAUGUCUCUGUGCCAAAGGUGAAGGGUGAUGUGUCCCUCCCGUCUAUUGAGGGGGAAAUCAAGAGCCCUGAGCUCCACGUUGAAGUCCCAUCAGUCGACGUCCAAGUGAAGCCUGGAGAGCUGGACGUGAAGCUGCCGGAGGCGCCGAUGGCCGAGAUCGAGAUCACGGGGCAGGCCGAGGGAGCCGGACUCAAAGGACACCUGCCCAAGUUCCAUAUGCCCAGCAUCAAGAAGCCCACAGUGGAAUUCAAAGGCCCCGAUGUGGACAUCAAAAUCCCCAAGGUGGACAUCAAGGGUCCAAAGAAGCAUCUUAAGGGCCCUGAGAUAGACAUGCAGGCGACACCAGUGGACAUCAAGGGGCCCAUGGUGGACGUCACCCUUCCCGAUGUGGACGUGGCCAUGCCGAAGGUGUCAGUGGAUGCCCAGGCCCCCGAUCUCUCCAUGAAGCCUAGGAAAGUGGGUGCAGAAGUCAAGCUGGGAGACAAGGAAGUCAAGGCCAAGGACAGCAAGUUCAAAAUGCCCUCCUUCAAGAUGCCUUCAUUUGGCAUCUCGGCACCGAGCAAGUCCAUCGAGGCAUCGGCCGAUGUCUCUGUGCCAAAGGUGAAGGGUGAUGUGUCCCUCCCGUCUAUUGAGGGGGAAAUCAAGAGCCCUGAGCUCCACGUUGAAGUCCCAUCUGUCGACGUCCAAGUGAAGCCUGGAGAGCUGGACGUGAAGCUGCCGGAGGCACCCAUGGCCGAGAUCGAGAUCACAGGGCAGGCCGAGGGAGCCGGACUCAAAGGACACCUGCCCAAGUUCCAUAUGCCCAGCAUCAAGAAGCCCACGGUGGAAUUCAGAGGCCCUGAUGUGGACGUCAAGGGCCCCAAGUUGGGCUUCAAGGGUCCAAAGGUGGAGGUGAAGGGGCCCAAGGUGGACUUGCAGACCACCGAAGGGGAUGUCAAGGGGUCCCCGGUGGACAUCACCCUCCUUGAUGUGGACGUGACCAUGCCGAAGGUGGCAGUGGAUGCCCAGGCCCCAGAUCUCUCCUUGGAGGGUGCAAAAGUGGGUGCAGACAUCAAGCUGGGAGACAAGGACGUCAAAGCCAAGGACGGCAAGUUCAAAAUGCCCUCCUUCAAGAUGCCUUCAUUUGGCAUCUCGGCACCAAGCAAGUCCAUCGAGGCAUCUGCCGAUGUCUCUGUGUCAAAGGUGAAGGGUGAUGUGUCCCUCCCGUCUAUUGAGGGGGAAAUCAAGAGCCCUGAGCUCCACGUUGAAGUCCCAUCUGUCGACGUCCAAGUGAAGCCUGGAGAGCUGGACGUGAAGCUGCCGGAGGCGCCGAUGGCCGAGAUCGAGAUCACGGGGCAGGCCGAGGGAGCCGGACUCAAAGGACACCUGCCCAAGUUCCAUAUGCCCAGCAUGAAGAUGCCAAAGGUGGAUCUCAAAGGCCCUGAUGUGGACCUCAAGAUCCCCAAGGUAGACAUCAAGGGUCCAAAGAAGGAUCUUAAGGGCCCUGAGAUAGACAUGCAGGCGACAGAAGUGGACAUCAAGGGGCCCAUGGUGGACGUCACCCUCCCUGAUGUGGACGUGACCAUGCCGAAGGUGGCAGUGGAUGCCCAGGCCCCAGAUCUCUCCAUGGAGGGUGCAAAAGUGGGUGCAGAGGUCAAGCUGGGAGACAAGGACGUCAAAGCCAAGGAUGGCAAGUUCAAAAUGCCCUCCUUCAAGAUGCCUUCAUUUGGCAUCUCGGCACCGAGCAAGUCCAUCGAGGCAUCUGCCGAUGUCUCUGUGCCAAAGGUGAAGGCUGAUGUGUCCCUCCCGUCUAUUGAGGGGGAAAUCAAGAGCCCUGAGCUCCACGUUGAAGUCCCAUCUGUCGACGUCCAAGUGAAGCCUGGAGAGCUGGACGUGAAGCUGCCGGAGGCGCCGAUGGCCGAGAUCGAGAUCACGGGGCAGGCCGAGGGAGCCGGACUCAAAGGACACCUGCCCAAGUUCCAUAUGCCCAGCAUCAAGAAGCCCACAGUGGAAUUCAAAGGCCCCGAUGUGGACAUCAAAAUCCCCAAGGUGGACAUCAAGGGUCCAAAGAAGCAUCUUAAGGGCCCCGAGAUAGACAUGCAGGCGACACCAGUGGACAUCAAGGGGCCCAUGGUGGACGUCACCCUUCCCGAUGUGGACGUGGCCAUGCCGAAGGUGUCAGUGGAUGCCCAGGCCCCCGAUCUCUCCAUGGAGCCUAGGAAAGUGGGUGCAGAAGUCAAGCUGGGAGACAAGGAAGUCAAGGCCAAGGACAGCAAGUUCAAAAUGCCCUCCUUCAAGAUGCCUUCAUUUGGCAUCUCGGCACCGAGCAAGUCCAUCGAGGCAUCGGCCGAUGUCUCUGUGCCAAAGGUGAAGGGUGAUGUGUCCCUCCCGUCUAUUGAGGGGGAAAUCAAGAGCCCUGAGCUCCACGUUGAAGUCCCAUCUGUCGACGUCCAAGUGAAGCCUGGAGAGCUGGACGUGAAGCUGCCGGAGGCACCCAUGGCCGAGAUCGAGAUCACAGGGCAGGCCGAGGGAGCCGGACUCAAAGGACACCUGCCCAAGUUCCAUAUGCCCAGCAUCAAGAAGCCCACGGUGGAAUUCAGAGGCCCUGAUGUGGACGUCAAGGGCCCCAAGUUGGGCUUCAAGGGUCCAAAGGUGGAGGUGAAGGGGCCCAAGGUGGACUUGCAGACCACCGAAGGGGAUGUCAAGGGGUCCCCGGUGGACAUCACCCUCCUUGAUGUGGACGUGACCAUGCCGAAGGUGUCAGUGGAUGCCCAGGCCCCAGAUCUCUCCUUGGAGGGUGCAAAAGUGGGUGCAGACAUCAAGCUGGGAGACAAGGACGUCAAAGCCAAGGACGGCAAGUUCAAAAUGCCCUCCUUCAAGAUGCCUUCAUUUGGCAUCUCGGCACCGAGCAAGUCCAUCGAGGCAUCUGCCGAUGUCUCUGUGUCAAAGGUGAAGGGUGAUGUGUCCCUCCCGUCUAUUGAGGGGGAAAUCAAGAGCCCUGAGCUCCACGUUGAAGUCCCAUCUGUCGACGUCCAAGUGAAGCCUGGAGAGCUGGACGUGAAGCUGCCGGAGGCGCCGAUGGCCGAGAUCGAGAUCACGGGGCAGGCCGAGGGAGCCAGACUCAAAGGACACCUGCCCAAGUUCCAUAUGCCCAGCAUGAAGAUGCCAAAGGUGGAUCUCAAAGGCCCUGAUGUGGACCUCAAGAUCCCCAAGGUAGACAUCAAGGGUCCAAAGAAGGAUCUUAAGGGCCCCGAGAUAGACAUGCAGGCGACAGAAGUGGACAUCAAGGGGCCCAUGGUGGACGUCACCCUCCCUGAUGUGGACGUGACCAUGCCGAAGGUGGCAGUGGAUGCCCAGGCCCCAGAUCUCUCCAUGGAGGGUGCAAAAGUGGGUGCAGAGGUCAAGCUGGGAGACAAGGACGUCAAAGCCAAGGACGGCAAGUUCAAAAUGCCCUCCUUCAAGAUGCCUUCAUUUGGCAUCUCGGCACCGAGCAAGUCCAUCGAGGCAUCUGCCGAUGUCUCUGUGCCAAAGGUGAAGGCUGAUGUGUCCCUCCCGUCUAUUGAGGGGGAAAUCAAGAGCCCUGAGCUCCACGUUGAAGUCCCAUCUGUCGACGUCCAAGUGAAGCCUGGAGAGCUGGACGUGAAGCUGCCGGAGGCGCCGAUGGCCGAGAUCGAGAUCACGGGGCAGGCCGAGGGAGCCGGACUCAAAGGACACCUGCCCAAGUUCCAUAUGCCCAGCAUCAAGAAGCCCACAGUGGAAUUCAAAGGCCCCGAUGUGGACAUCAAAAUCCCCAAGGUGGACAUCAAGGGUCCAAAGAAGCAUCUUAAGGGCCCCGAGAUAGACAUGCAGGCGACACCAGUGGACAUCAAGGGGCCCAUGGUGGACGUCACCCUUCCCGAUGUGGACGUGGCCAUGCCGAAGGUGUCAGUGGAUGCCCAGGCCCCCGAUCUCUCCAUGGAGCCUAGGAAAGUGGGUGCAGAAGUCAAGCUGGGAGACAAGGAAGUCAAGGCCAAGGACAGCAAGUUCAAAAUGCCCUCCUUCAAGAUGCCUUCAUUUGGCAUCUCGGCACCGAGCAAGUCCAUCGAGGCAUCGGCCGAUGUCUCUGUGCCAAAGGUGAAGGGUGAUGUGUCCCUCCCGUCUAUUGAGGGGGAAAUCAAGAGCCCUGAGCUCCACGUUGAAGUCCCAUCUGUCGACGUCCAAGUGAAGCCUGGAGAGCUGGACGUGAAGCUGCCGGAGGCACCCAUGGCCGAGAUCGAGAUCACAGGGCAGGCCGAGGGAGCCGGACUCAAAGGACACCUGCCCAAGUUCCAUAUGCCCAGCAUCAAGAAGCCCACGGUGGAAUUCAGAGGCCCUGAUGUGGACGUCAAGGGCCCCAAGUUGGGCUUCAAGGGUCCAAAGGUGGAGGUGAAGGGGCCCAAGGUGGACUUGCAGACCACCGAAGGGGAUGUCAAGGGGUCCCCGGUGGACAUCACCCUCCUUGAUGUGGACGUGACCAUGCCGAAGGUGUCAGUGGAUGCCCAGGCCCCAGAUCUCUCCUUGGAGGGUGCAAAAGUGGGUGCAGACAUCAAGCUGGGAGACAAGGACGUCAAAGCCAAGGACGGCAAGUUCAAAAUGCCCUCCUUCAAGAUGCCUUCAUUUGGCAUCUCGGCACCAAGCAAGUCCAUCGAGGCAUCUGCCGAUGUCUCUGUGCCAAAGGUGAAGGGGGAUGUGUCCCUCCCAUCUGUUGAGGGGGAAAUCAAGAGCCUUGAGCUCCACGUUGAAGUCCCGUCUGUCAACGUCCAAGUGAAGCCUGGAGAGCUGGACGUGAAGGUGCGGGAGGCGCCGAUGGCCGAGAUCGAGAUCACGGGGCAGGCCGAGGGAGCCGGACUCAAAGGACACCUGCCCAAGUUCCAUAUGCCCAGCAUCAAGAAGCCCAUGGUGGAAUUCAAAGGCCCCGAUGUGGACGUCAAGGGCCCCAAGUUGGGCUUCAAGGGUCCAAAGGUGGAGGUGAAGGGGCCCAAGGUGGACUUGCAGACCACCGAAGGGGAUGUCAAGGGGUCCCCGGUGGACAUCACCCUCCCUGAUGUGGACGUGACACUGCCGAAGGUGUCAGUGGAUGCCCAGGCCCCAGAUCUCUCCUUGGAGGGUGCAAAAGUGGGUGCAGAGGUCAAGCUGGGAGACAAGGAAGUCAAGGCCAAGGACAGCAAGUUCAAAAUGCCCUCCUUCAAGAUGCCUUCAUUUGGCAUCUCGGCACCGAGCAAGUCCAUCGAGGCAUCGGCCGAUGUCUCUGUUCCAAAGGUGAAGGGGGAUGUGUCCCUCCCGUCUAUUGAGGGGGAAAUCAAGAGCCCUGAGCUCCACGUUGAAGUUCCAUCUGUCGACGUCCAAGUGAAGCCUGGAGAGCUGGACGUGAAGCUGCCGGAGGCGCCGAUGGCCGAGAUCGAGAUCACGGGGCAGGCCGAGGGAGCCGGACUCAAAGGACACCUGCCCAAGUUCCAUAUGCCCAGCAUCAAGAAGCCCAUGGUGGAAUUCAAAGGCCCCGAUGUGGACGUCAAGGGCCCCAAGUUGGGCUUCAAGGGUCCAAAGGUGGAGGUGAAGGGGCCCAAGGUGGACUUGCAGACCACCGAAGGGGAUGUCAAGGGGUCCCCGGUGGACAUCACCCUCCCUGAUGUGGACGUGACACUGCCGAAGGUGUCAGUGGAUGCCCAGGCCCCAGAUCUCUCCUUGGAGGGUGCAAAAGUGGGUGCAGAGGUCAAGCUGGGAGACAAGGAAGUCAAGGCCAAGGACGGCAAGUUCAAAAUGCCCUCCUUCAAGAUGCCUUCAUUUGGCAUCUCGGCACCGAGCAAGUCCAUCGAGGCAUCGGCCGAUGUCUCUGUUCCAAAGGUGAAGGGGGAUGUGUCCCUCCCGUCUAUUGAGGGGGAAAUCAAGAGCCCUGAGCUCCACGUUGAAGUUCCAUCUGUCGACGUCCAAGUGAAGCCUGGAGAGCUGGACGUGAAGCUGCCGGAGGCGCCGAUGGCCGAGAUCGAGAUCACGGGGCAGGCCGAGGGAGCCGGACUCAAAGGACACCUGCCCAAGUUCCAUAUGCCCAGCAUGAAGAUGCCAAAGGUGGAUCUCAAAGGCCCUGAUGUGGACCUCAGGGGCCGCAAGCUGGAUAUCAAGGGUCCAGAGAAGAAUGUUAAGGGUCAGGGGAUAGACAUGCAGGUGACGCAAGUGGACAUCAGGGCACCCAUGCUGGAUGUUCCCCUUACUGAUGUGGACUUGACCAUGCCCACAGUGGCCCUUGACCCUCUCCCUCCUGUGUCAUCUGUCCAGGUGACUUUCCCUAAAUUCCAGAAGCCAAGGUUUGGGUUUUCCGUCCCGAUCGUAGCUGUUUCUGACGGGGAGCCCCGUGCGCCCCCUGCAGCUGUCCUGCCCCUGCCUGCCCCUUCACCCGCUGCCGACGCCUCUGUCCCCCAGGGCCUGGGCAGGCACUUGGGUUCUGAGGUCCCCUCAGACAGGGCUGUGGUUGAAGCGAAAGGGAGCGCCUCCAAAUUGCCCAAGUUCAAGCUCCCGCCGUUCACCCCGUCUCCAGAAAAGGAGGCGCAGCUCCAAGGGGGCCUGGAGUGCAGGCUGGAGGACGCAGCGGCCCAACUGACCUCAGACACGGGUCAGGCUGCUGCCGAGCCCGGGAAUUGCAUUUCCCAAAGGGAAACGGGCUCCGACCUGCCUCCGGAGAAAGAGGGGGAGAAGGGGAGGGUGAAGACAUCUGGCUUGGCCGUGUCCAAACUGGCAUUUCCCAGAUUGCCGGGUCCUGGGGGAGGGGUCCGCCAGCCCCAGGGUGCUGCUGAUCCUUCCCGUUCCAUCACCGCAGCAGGGCCCGACCCUCCAGGCACAGACGGGGCCCGCUCUGAUGGUGGCCCCCCAGGGGCAGAGGACCCUGCCCUCCCACAGCCGCAGGCACACAUGCUCAGCUGGAGCUUUGCCAGAGCCGAGCUUGGGUCCCCCGGGCCCGAGGUGGGGGUGCAGGGGUCCCAGGCUGACAGCCCCUUUCCUCAUCCUGACCUGCUUCCUGGAGGUGGCCAUGACGGCCUGGGGCCCUCGGCUGUGUCAGCAAGCCUGCCCCCUGCGGAGGGCCCCGGUCUCCAGCCACCAGGUGAAAAACCUGCCGCCACCGUGUCCCCCGUGGUGGAGAGCCCCAGGGAGGGGGCCGUUGUGGGGGCUGUGCCUGCGGACUCACAGGAGAGCUGGUUUAAAAUGCCCAAAUUCCGCGUGCCUGGCUUCCGGCGCUCCUCCUCCAAGGAGAAGGGUGAGGCUGGGGGCCCGGACGCCACGGACACCCACACGCCCGCUGCCCCCGAGUCCAGAGAAGGGCCUGCUCCAGGGGAGACUCCGGGCGUCACCCGUGGGUGCGAAGCGGAGGCAGGUCUGUCCUUGCAGCCCACAGGCUCCGAUGCCGACACACGGGCGCCCCAGAGAGCAACGUACGCAGAUGUGGUGAAGCAGCAGGUCGGCAGUGGGGGCUCCAGGCCGCAGCCCCCCGCCCCCAGCACUGCUGGUGUUCCCGCUCCCGAGGCCGGGCUCCCUCCUGUCCAAGGGCCCGUCCACCAGCAGGUGCCCGGCGCCAGCCUCGCAGAAUCCCAGGCUCCUGCUCCAGGCCCGGGAGGACAGGCCGUCGCCAGCGGGGAGGAGAGACUGGGGAAGCAGCUUUCCCGGCCCGAGGGUCCCCUGAGACUGAGGACUUCCAGCACCGCGAGGCCGUCCCACGUUUCCGUCGUCAGGACGGACCAGGUCUGGGAAGACUCCGUGGUCUCCGUCAGAUUCCCCAAAUUAAAGGUUCCGAGGUUCGCCGCCCCGGCCCCCGGCACAGACGCCGACGUCUUCGUGCCCGCCGUGACACAGGUGCGGUGCCUGGAGAGCGUCGCCGUGGCCCCGUGUGCGGAGAGCUCCGGGCCGUGGGCCGCCGGCCUCCCCGGGGAGCCCUCCUCAGGGGCGCCUCCGGUUCCUAAGGCCCGAGUGCAGGUUCAGGGCGCCUGGGCGGAGAGCCCGACGGUCACCGUACGCAGCGCGGCGGCGGCAGAGCACGCUGGCUCCUCGGGGGCGGACGUCUUUUCCGCCCAGAUUGUGCGAGAAUCAGAGAUCCCCGCGUCGGAGGUUCGAACGCCUUCCUACGGCUUUUCGUUGCUCAAGGUGAAGAUCCCAGAGCCCCCCGCACGGGCUGGCGUGCGCGUGGCGAUGCAGGAGGGCCCCGGAGAGCCUCCCAGACCAGCCGGCCCGGGAGCAGGCCCCGCUGCGGGAGCGCCCCAGGCCGACACCGUGGAGCCCUUGGCGAUGGUCUCCUCCAGCGGCAGCGUGCCGAGGCCCAUCACGGUCGCGCUGGAAGCUCGCCCAGGCCAUCAGCUUGCAGACAGCUGUUCCGACGACGAGCCGGAAAUCCUCGAGUUUCCCGCCGAGGACAGCCAGGAGGAGGCGGCCCCACUGGCGGACGCAGGCAGGAACCGAAGCGAGAACGCGGAGGGCAAGAGGGCCUCUGGCCUGUUCCGGUUUUGGCUUCCGAGCAUUGGGUUUUCUUCUGUUGACGAGACACGUUCGGACUCCAAAGAUGACAUCCAAAGAGCUGCUCCCGUCGAGGCACAGCCCGAGGUGCGGCCAGAACCGGAACCGCCCCAGAAACAGGAGCGGGCAGGCUGGUUCCGGUUCCCCAAGCUGGGCUUCAGCUCGUCUCCCGCCGAGAAGGCUCAUGGCGCCGACGGGCAGCCGGACCCGGAGGAAGCGGCCACCUUUUUUGAUGCGCAUGAAAGUUUCUCCCCCGAGGAUAAGGAGGACGGCGACGCGGCUGCGAGCCCGGUGGUGACGUCCGCGUCCAGGACGGAGCCCACCCAGCCGGAGCAGGACGGCGGAGCCAGCGGUGUGUGUGCUCCCAGGCCGGGCCCCCAGUGAGGUGGACACAAGCCCCCUGCCCCGAUCCACAGAACUGAGGAUGGAGCAGAAAUGACGAGAAUCCCAAAAGGAAGAGAAAACAUGUGCAAAGCUUGGUAGCAGAGGAGGCGCGACUUCCCGGAAGACGCCAGAACCCCACAGCGCCACGGUGCGUGUGCAGGUGCUGGCGAGGAAGACGUCUUCACGCGGUCUCUUCCGUCAUUCUCCCAGGAGCCCGAGGUCUGUGGGUGCUGCUCUCUUGCGGAUAGGCCUAGAAUGGCUCCGGCUGGGGUCGUUUCAGGGUCUCCCCGUUGUGCUGCUGCUGCUUCCUGAUGCAAUUCCCCAUUUCUGGCAGAGGCCGCGGAACCCCUGGGGGCUUCUCAUCACCACCGUCGUCAUGAGUGCGCUUGGCUGAGUGUCCUCGCUAAGGCCAGCGUCGGGCGCUUUGUGCAAAGACGCACGCACGCUGGGCGGGAGGGACAGCAGUCAGCGGUCGGCCGGGCGGCCGUGGGCAGGGGUCCCCAGGACACGUGCCUGCCGCUGACCCAGGGCCUCUGGGCACAUCCCCGAUGGACGCAAUGCAGAACGGGCCCGGCUGUGUCCUCCCGGGGAAUAAAGGAAGGCUGUGUUCCACGAUGAA